AUGAUGCAUAGUUUAACUGAAGACAUAUCCUUGAAUAGUUUCAUUACCUUAGCUCAUUUUUGUGACAAACAUGGCCCAAAAGUGAUACAAAUAACACAAGUCGCACGCAACAAUAAUGAUAUGGAAUCUUUGCUUUUACCAGAUUAUCCUACCGAUUCAUAUUGUGAUUCAUGUCUGAUCAAAUUUCCCGAAGUAAAGGAUAAAAAUGUUAAACUUCGAUCUAUGAAGAGUAAGUUCGAAUCAACUGGCAGCGACAAUCAUGAAGAUACACAUCUAUAUAUAUCCACGCAAUAUUCAGCUACUAGGUUCCAAUUACUUUCGUCUAUUAUCAAGAAAAUAUUUUCAGAAGAAACAAUGCUUUAUAAUGAGUCUCCGCUAUGUUUUUAUGACAACGAGCGUGGUCUCAACAUUUCUCUUGGUUUUAAGUUACAAGAUGGCCAUUCAAGAGGAAACGAAAGAAGAUAUUGUCUUAUUUUCAGUAUCACUAAUACCAGUCAAAAAUUAUGCUCAGAUAUUAUGAACAGACAUUGGGAUUUCAUAUUAACUGCUUUUAACAAGGAAGUGUCGUAUAUUAAAGAGCUUAGGAAGAAAGUUAUUGAUAAACAAUUGAAUGAAAAUAGGGAUAAUCCAUUAAUAUCUAUGGGUUCAUAUUUGCGGGGGAACAGUCUGAAAAUUCCCAAAAAUCUAACAGAAUUGACGGGAGAUAGAUUAUUUUUCAUGAAAUUACACAAAUGGAACACCUAUAUGCUAAGUAACAUUUGUUGA